AUUCAAGAUGUCUGCGCCCAUUAUGUUGAAAUAUCAGAUUUUCUAAAUAAUGAAUUUAUUUCGUCAUGUUGAAAAUACGCUGAAUUAAUUAAAGAUUUGAAAUAGAACAUAAUAAGGGUAAGAAAUAAGGCUCAGAAAUGAAUGAACAUUUUAUAAACUAUGGAGAAGUGCUUGCUACAGAAGUGUGCAAUGGAAAUAGUGAAGGGUUUGCAAAUUCUCUGACUGUAUGGUUAAAUAAACCACACGUUGUGAAUAGACGUCUUUGUGGUUCUAGACUAGAAUACUUUAAGAUUAUUUCAAAGGACACAUUUUGCAGACAUGAAUUAAAAUCUGCUUUUGAAAAUCUUAGUUUAGACUUGCACGGAUUCUCAUUUGAUGAGGUGUUUAAUUCACAGAAUAUAUCUGGGGGUGAACUUGCCAUUGAACAUGACAUUAAAGAAAAUACAAGUGAUUGUGUUGAAGGUCUUUCAGAUAUAUCAGAAGAUGAUGUUGCUGUUAUUAUCCGUCAACUGUUGCCAAAACAACCAGAAAGGCACGCUAAUAUUCCAGAAUUAGUAAUUUAUGAUAAAUCUCAGAACAGUUGUUCUUUCAUCCCCUUGAAAAGAUUAGAUGAUUCCAAAAAGAUUGUACCAUUGGAAGUUGGAUAUUGCUUUAAAUAUCUAGAAAGUCCUGAGAAAAGGAUUUGCCUGUAUGCCAGUACUUCAGACUGCUCUACAGAUUCUGAAAGAAAGCUCUCAUUGACCUGGAUUAAAAGUCAGCUUCUACAGAAGCUUGCAAGAUGGAGUGAACAGCCAAGUCUGAGAACAGGCCUUGUUUCUCUGCGUCUGAUCUCUGUAGAGAACUAUAGCAGACUGUACAGUGAACUGAAAAACAAAUAUGGCAUCCCCAUUGCAGAGAAAUGGCCAGAAAAGACUAGUGCUCAGAAGUAUGUGUUUGAAGAUGUUGCCAUAGCAACCUAUUUACUGCUACUAUGGGAAGAUGACAGGAAAAAGAAGGGACUUACAAAGAAACAAUCCUUUGUAGAUUUAGGGUGUGGUAAUGGUUUACUUGUACAUAUACUAGCCUCAGAAGGGCAUCCUGGCUAUGGUAUAGAUGUCAGGAAAAGAAAUAUUUGGGAUUUAUAUGGAACAGAGACCAUACUUAAAGAAAUGACAAUAACUCCGUCCACGGAGAGUGUGUAUCCGGAAAGUGACUGGUUGAUUGGUAACCAUAGUGAUGAGUUGACACCUUGGAUACCUGUAAUGGCUGCAAGAUCAGCGUAUACAUGUAAUUAUUUUGUGUUACCAUGCUGCAUGUGGGAUUUCAACACAAAGUACAGCUUUACACAGAAGGUGGCAAAUGGUUCAGAAAAUUCUGGUAAAUACAGGUUAUAUCUGGAUUUUGUGAAGUCUGUAGGAGAGAAUUGUGGGUUUGAAGUUGAAGAGGAUAUGCUACGAAUUCCAUCAACUAAACGGGUAUGC